AUGGAGUCUCCAAGCUUACAUAUAAAAGAAGAGGUCAAGAAAAUAAAAGAAGAAAUCCAAUCAGUUCCAAUCGACCAUGUUCCUCUUCAAUUUGUCCAUAGUCUACUAAACUCAAGAAAAUACACAGAUCCUUAUUUUCCUCCAACCCUCUAUAUUGUAUAUGGCGAUAAGUCCAAACGUCGUCUUGACUGCGAAAUCAUUUUUAAAAGGCCAGAAACCUUUAUGAAGAAGCCAAUUUCAGUAUUCACAGGUGGAAUUGAAGAAAGCGAUAUUUUACAAGGAAAACUCGGGGAUUGCUGGCUUAUGAGCUCUCUAUGUGCCCUCACAGAACGAAAAGAAGCCAUAGAGAAAAUUUUCUGCACCAAAGAGUACUCAGUCAAUGGCAUUUAUAGGCUCCAGCUCUAUAAAAACGGAGAAUUGCAGUAUGUAACGAUUGAUGAUUAUAUCCCUUGCGAUGCUGAAACGAAUAAGCCAGUCUUUAGCAAAAAUAAUGGUUCUGAGCUAUGGGUGCUGCUGAUCGAAAAAGCUUAUGCGAAACUUCAUGGAUCUUAUUUAUCCCUAAAAGGAGGCUAUGCUGAAGAAGCCUUUAUUGAUAUCACAGGAUGGCCUGCUUUUACGUAUUAUUUCGACCAGAUCGAAGACAAAAUAAACUCAGGCGAGUUUUGGAGGAUGCUUAAUUAUUGGCAUAGCCAAAGAUAUUGCUUGGUGGCUGCAACUUCAGGGGAAAUUGAUGAAAAUUCAGGUAUGGUGUCAGGGCAUUAUUAUUCAAUUAGAGAUGUCGUUGAAGUUCAUGGAAAUUACUUGCUUCAGCUCAGAAACCCAUGGGGAAGCUUUGAGUGGCAAGGCGCAUGGAGUGAUAAUUCGAGAGAAUGGACGCCUGAGAUGAUUAAUGCCCUACAUCCUGUUUUUGAUAAAUCGGAUGGCCAGUUUUGGAUGUGCUAUCAAGAUUUCCUGUAUUAUUUUCAAAGAGUAGUCAUGGGAAAGACUGAGCUUUGCUAUGAAAGGCGAGAAAAGAAUUGGAUGAUAAAAAACCCAAGCCAUGGGGCUGUCGCUUAUGAGUAUUAUACAAUUAAUGUGGCGACCAGGACUGAGGUCACGUUAGGAAUUCAUCAAGAAGAUGAAAGAUGUGUAGGAACUAAACAAUAUAGAAGAUACCUAGAUUUAGGAAUUGUCGUGAUCAGAUGGGAAGUUGACAAAUACGUAUUCUUUGCAUCAACUGAAAAAAAUUUGUUAGAUAGACAAGUGCAGCUUGAGUUAACUCUUGACCCAGGAUAUUACGUUGUGCUGCCUAUAAGUGGAGGCUGCAGCUUCAGAGUCCCAGAGGGCGAAAAACAUCUUGUCCCGCUUUUAACAGAAACUGAUGAUCUCCAUCCCAUUUUCCAAAGCACAAUUAAAGACAUAUUCAGAAGAUUUGACUCAGAUAUGGACGGAAUUCUCUCUGCUAGAGAUUUUAUCGGCCUUGCUGCAAGGAUUGGCCAAAGGCUUUCAGAAGCCCAGUUUUACAACGCAAUCUGCCAAAAGUAUACUUCGACUGAAAGAGGUGUUUCUUUACAAGGAUUAUAUGAGCUGUUUUUGGUCGGGAUUGAGGCAGAAGGAGAAGAAGCUGUUAGAAGAUGGGUAACACAGCUGGGGCAUGAUGAAUAUUUCUAUAGCAUUGAGUCAAAGCCAGUUGUUUUCACUUUGCAUUCAAAGGUACCUGUUGAUAUGAAUAAAGCUUUGAUGUCGCCGAAUUAUAACAUUUUAGCAUGGGGACUGCUGGCUGAGGCAAAGGGAAAAGAGGUGGCAAUGAUGUCUGGAAUUAAACUGUAUACGGUAACACAUUCAAAUGGCACAAGCUUUAUAGCGAAAAGCAAUGCGGUGGUUAAUAAAAAAGUGACGCUAGAUUUGAAUGACUCCACAAAUGUAAAUUAUGCAAUUGGGAAUGGUGUUAUAACAGUGGAAAUGGAGACAGGGCAUUUUGCAAUCUUAGAGCAUGCCCAAUGCUCAGUUGGAGAAUCUACGUACACAUAUAGCUAUUCAUUUAAAGCAAAAAAUAAUUAA